AUGAUGACAUCACACAGAUACUUACGUCUGGACUUCAUCUUUGUAAUAGCCUUGGAACACUGUGUGCCCUCUGACACAGAUCUCCCCACGAGGAUGUGGUUGAUCCUCAGAGCAGCAGCUGCGACAGAGCCCUGGAAACUUCGGAAUCUCUGCCAGCGGUGGAGGCGUAGAGGUCUCUUUUCGCCGAUUUCGGAGGUUAAUUGGCCGAUUCUUUGCGGGGUCAAAGAGGAGAAUAGAAAGGGCAAAAGGCUGAGGGAGAAGAGGAAAAAGGAGGCGAGGAUGGAGCGUAGGGGUUAUGUGGCUCGAACAACCUUCACCAAUCAAGAUCUGGAGAAUCGCUGGAGGUCAAACCAUGAAUUCGCACUACUCGAAUUGCUGGAGCGGAGAAGAAGGGAGAAGAAAUCGCUGGAUGGAAGAAGAAAGGAGAAGAAAUCGGUAGGAGAAGAAAUCGCCUCGUUCCUUUUUCUUUUCUCUGUGAUGCGGCGUAAGAAUGGUGAGGGAGGAAAAGAGCCGAUCUAUAUUAGGUGGAAGGCUUCAAAAAGGUGUCACCAAAAGGAGAACUCUAAGGAAUUUGACAAUCCCAGAUACUUAUCAACCGUACCACUCAUUACAGCUUGCUUCUUGGAAUUGUAUGCCGCAUUAAAUAACCUCUCCUUCAGAACACCAGAAGUUUUCACAGCAUUUGUAAUCCUACAAGAACAGUCCGAAUAA